AUGUACUUCUUCCUGGGGAACUUGUUCUGCCUGGAGACCUACUACACCUCCACCAUCCUUCCCAAAGUGCUAGCCAGUCUCCAGACUAGAGACAGAACCAUCUCAUUUAGUGGUUGCAUCACACAAUUCUAUAUGUUUGGUUCUCUGGCAUCUACAGAAUGCCUUCUCUUAUCUGUGAUGUCUUACGAUCGAUAUUUAGCCAUAUGCAAGCCAUUACAUUAUGCAGCCUUUAUGAAUGGCAGAUUCUGCCUCCAGUUGACAGCUUGCUCUUGGGUAAGUGGAUUUCUGGCUCCUUUGCCAACGAUGUUACUAAUAUCACAAUUAACAUUCUGUAGCCCCAGUGAAGUUGACCAUUUCUUCUGUGAUUUAAGCCCAAUAAUAAAACUGGCCUGCAGUGACACCUUCAUGCUGGAAAUGUAUGCUUUCGUACUCUGCUCCAUACUUACACUGCCUCCAUUUCUAUUGACAUUGGUAUCUUAUGUUUCCAUCAUCACCACCAUCCUGAAAAUUCCUUCCACCACUAGGAGACAGAAGGCCUUUUCCACCUGCUCCUCUCACCUCAUUGUGGUGACAAUUUUCUAUGGGACUCUAGUCAUUGUGUAUCUGCUAUCAGACUCUGAUGCACUGAGGGACCUGAACAAAAUGUUUUCUGUUUUCUAUGGAGUCCUGACCCAGUUGGUCAACCUCCUCAUAUACAGCCUGAGAAACAAGAAGGUGAAGGAAGCCUUGAGGAAAAAAGCCUUGGAUUUUUUUGUCUUUUGCAAGAAAUAA